GUGUCCGUUGGCGUACGUUGACGGUUGGUGAGUUUUGGAGUGUUUGAGAUACUAACCUCACACAGUGACUCAGUUGAACUUUUGAGCAGAGUGCGUCUGCGGAUCCCGCAUCAAACAGUGCGCAAUUGGUGGCAGUGAGUUGAGCUAGUUCUCGCUGGAAGUAGGUGCCAUACUGAAGUUCUAAGAUGAAGUGUUUUGUAGUGUUAAGUGCCUUGGCGCUGGCACUGGCUAGUGCCAGACCCGAAGGUUACAGUUACUUCACGCCCCAUGGAACCAGCUCGGGCCACGGUGGUCACUCGGCCACCUCGAGUGCUAGUGUUCUGUUUACUUCCGCCGGCACGGGUGCAUCCGCGGCCGCCAGUGCGGUGGACGACUGUGAAGAACCAGCGCACGAGCAGCUGUCACCGUUCCAGCACAGCCAGGUGCACUUCUACGCUCCACAAACCGCUACUCAUGGCGAGUCCUCGUCGUACCUCAGUGCUUCUUCUGGACAUCAGCAGCAGCAGCAGCAGCAGCAGCAGCAGCAUCAUUUGUCGCUGCCAGUAGCUCACGCUCAGGUGGCCGUGUCUGGUGGAUCUUCCAGUGCCGGACACUACCACUACCAGCAUCAGGAGCAGCAACAGCAGCACCACCAACAACAGCACCAUCAGACCGUUGAGCAUCAGGUGCAUCACCACGUUGAGCCACAGGUCGAAUACUUCACCAACGUGCAUCAGCACCAAUCGCAGCAGGCGCAUCAUCACCAGCAGCAGCACCAUCAUCAACACCACGAAGCAUCCGUGCACUACGUGCAGCAGCCCGUCGUCAAGGAGGAGGUGCACAAGCACGUGUACGUGCAUGUCGCACCGGAAGAAAAGGAAGAAAUCCACCAGAAAGUGAUACUGCCGACCUACACCAAGCAGAAGCACUACAAGAUCAUCUUCAUCAAGGCGCCGUCCCCGCCGACCGUGAGCAAGGUCGUGCUGCCCCAGCCGCCGGUCAACGAGGAGAAGACGCUCGUCUACGUCCUGCACAAGAAGCCCGAGCUGGAGCAGGAGAUCGUUGUGCCAGCACCAGCGACCGCCAAGCCCAGCAAGCCGGAGGUGUACUUCAUCAAGUACAAGACCAAGAAGCAGGAGCAACACUCCUACCACCAUCACGAGGAGCAGCACUCAUCUGCCGGUACGUUCGGUGGAAGCAGCAGCAGCAGCAGCAGCAGCCUCAGCAGUGGUGCUAGCGCCGGUGCCUACGAAGCGGCCGAUCUGUCCGGGUACGGUGGAGUAUACAGCAGCAGCUUUGCACCGAUCGUCGUUACGGAGGGAUCGUACUACAGCACGACGCCGACACCGGUCAAGGUGACCACCGUCCACUCCGUUGCGUCGUCUUCCACGUUGGCACCGUCCUCGUCGUACGUGAGCAGCACGGCCAGCAGCAACAGUGCCCACAAGGCGCAGAGCAUUAAAGUGACCAACAUUGGCCUGUCGGGCUAUUCUUCUGGCGGAACGGGAUACGGCUCAAGCACGGGCUUGAGCUCGAGCUUGAGUUCUAGCAGCAGCAGUGGUCGUCAGCGUGGUUCGAAGAAGUCGUGCGGCAAGUGCAGCAAGACCAACAGUGCGCCACUGGCCGUCGGUGGCACACUCGACGCAUUCGUGUCGAACGUGUACUAGGGAUGGACAGUCCAUUCUUCGUUAGCUUUAGUCAAACUCACAGAUCUUCUAGCUCAGUUAGGGACGCGUCUGCACAAAAGGAAAGAGGAACUCCUGCAGUCCAUCCACUCUAUCUGCCAACACUUACACGAAUCUUGAACAUUCUUCUGGUGUUGUGUGUUAAUAAAACAAAGAAAAAAACCCAUAGCUAAUACA